CCAGUGUGGCGGGGUUGCCGUGCCCGGGUGCACAGCGGGUGGUCCUCCGGCUUUUUCUGCUGGCUGUACGCGAGCGUGGAGGAGACACGCUGAGGGUGCCCUUGCCGCGGCAAUGCCUGAGAUCAGAGUCACUCCCCUGGGGGCUGGCCAAGAUGUGGGCCGAAGCUGCAUCCUGGUCUCCAUCGCGGGCAAGAAUGUCAUGCUGGACUGUGGCAUGCACAUGGGCUUCAGUGAUGACAGGCGUUUCCCCGACUUUUCCUACAUCACCCAGAGUGGCCGACUGACAGACUUCCUGGACUGUGUAAUCAUCAGUCACUUCCACCUGGACCACUGCGGGGCACUGCCCUACUUCAGUGAGAUGGUGGGCUACGAUGGGCCCAUCUACAUGACCCACCCCACCCAGGCCAUCUGCCCCAUCCUGCUGGAGGACUACCGCAAGAUCGCUGUGGACAAGAAAGGCGAGGCCAACUUCUUCACCUCCCAGAUGAUCAAGGACUGCAUGAAGAAGGUGGUAGCUGUCCACCUGCACCAGACGGUCCAGGUGGAUGAUGAGCUGGAAAUCAAGGCCUACUACGCGGGUCAUGUGCUAGGGGCAGCCAUGUUCCAGAUCAAAGUGGGCUCAGAGUCUGUGGUUUACACGGGUGAUUAUAACAUGACCCCAGACCGACACUUGGGAGCUGCGUGGAUCGAUAAGUGCCGCCCCAACCUGCUCAUCACGGAGUCCACGUAUGCCACGACCAUCCGAGACUCUAAGCGCUGCCGGGAGCGAGACUUUCUAAAGAAAGUCCAUGAGACUGUGGAGCGUGGUGGGAAGGUGCUGAUCCCUGUCUUUGCACUGGGCCGAGCACAGGAGCUCUGCAUCCUGCUGGAGACCUUCUGGGAGCGCAUGAACCUAAAGGUCCCCAUCUACUUCUCCACGGGGCUGACGGAGAAGGCCAACCACUACUAUAAGCUCUUCAUCACUUGGACCAACCAAAAGAUCCGCAAGACCUUUGUCCAGAGAAACAUGUUUGAGUUUAAGCACAUCAAAGCCUUCGACCGGGCAUUUGCAGACAACCCAGGUCCAAUGGUCGUGUUUGCCACACCAGGGAUGCUGCACGCAGGCCAGUCCCUGCAGAUCUUCCGGAAGUGGGCAGGGAAUGAGAAGAACAUGGUCAUCAUGCCUGGCUACUGUGUGCAAGGCACAGUGGGCCACAAGAUUCUCAGUGGGCAGCGAAAACUGGAGAUGGAAGGGCGGCAGGUGCUGGAGGUGAAGAUGCAGGUGGAAUACAUGUCGUUUAGCGCCCACGCAGAUGCCAAGGGCAUCAUGCAGCUGGUAGGCCAGGCUGAGCCACAGAGCGUGCUGCUUGUGCACGGUGAAGCCAAGAAGAUGGAGUUCCUGAAGCAGAAGAUCGAGCAGGAAUUCCGAGUCAGCUGCUACAUGCCAGCCAAUGGUGAGACGGUGGCACUGCCCACGAGCCCCAGCAUCCCUGGGGGAAUCUCACUGGGGCUGCUGAAGCGGGAGAUGGCACAGGGGCUACUUCCUGAGGCUAAGAAGCCCCGGCUCCUACAUGGCACCCUGAUCAUGAAGGACAGUAAUUUCCGGCUCAUAUCCUCAGAGCAAGCCCUUAAGGAGCUGGGCCUGGCUGAGCACCAGCUGCGCUUUACCUGCCGUGUGCACCUACAUGACUCUCGAAAGGAGCAGGAGACAGCCAUGCGUGUUUACAGCCACCUCAAGAGCAUCCUGAAGGACCACUGUGUGCAGCACCUUCCUGAUGGCUCUGUGACAGUUGAGUCCAUCCUCAUCCAGGCUGCUGCCCCCUCUGAGGACCCAGCCACCAAAGUGCUGCUAGUCUCUUGGACCUACCAGGUAAGGCCUGGCAGGGAUUACUGGAGGGGUAUCUAUCCUGUGGCUUUACUCCCUCCUCACCCUAUGCUGCCUCUACUAGGAUGAGGAGCUGGGGAGCUACCUCACAUCACUGCUCAAGAAGGGUCUCCCCCAGACCCCCAGCUGAAGUCAGCUAGUCACCCAGGCCUGCUACCUCUGCCUUCUGAAUUUCUCCACUGCAGGAUUUAUGUGCCCUGGGUGAAUGGAGCCCCUAGCUGGGCCACAGCACCUAUUUCUGGCUGAAAAUAUAAACAGGCCCUGGGACUCCUUGGCUUUUAUUUUUACUCUAGGGCCUUAUGAUGGUGGGGGAAGGGGCUUCCAGGUAGCAAUUCUAAUAAAAGCAAAU